CACUUCAGAACAAAACCACAUCGGGCGAGAUGGAAACGACCACCAUCACCACCACGCAGACCGCCUUCACCUUUGGAUUUACCGAAAGACACGCCAGCAUCAGCCUGCACGCCCCGGCCCAGGACUGCGCGGACCCCGCCGCGCACCCCGGCGCCGACGCCGCGGGCUUCCAGAGUAAAACCAAGGUGCUGAAGAGACAGCGCUCCAGCUCGCCCGAGCUCCUGCGCUGCAAGCGGCGGCUGAGCUUCAACGGCCUCGGCUACUCCAUCCCUCAGCAGCAGCCCGUUGCCGUGGCCCGGCGGAACGAACGGGAGAGGAACCGGGUCAAGCAGGUCAACAUGGGUUUCCAGACGCUGCGUCAGCACGUGCCCAACGGCGCCGCUAACAAGAAGAUGAGCAAAGUGGAGACCCUGAGGUCUGCGGUGGAGUACAUCAGGGCUUUGCAGCAACUGCUGGACGAACACGACGCGGUGUCGGCCGCUUUCCAGUGCGGGUUGCCCUCCCCGGCCAUCUCCAACAGCUACUCCGCCGACCCGGAGUCGCCUCACUCCACCUACUCAUCGGACGAGGGCAGUUAUGAGCCUCUGAGUUCCGAGGAACAGGAGCUGUUGGACUUUACAACCUGGUUCGACCGGUACUGAGGACGACGGGAGCGCCUGUGCGUAAAAAUAUGCGUUCUUUCCGAAAACACUUGGUAAAGGCGUCAGAUCAGUCUCGCUGUGAUCCUUGGAAGUGAUCUGUUGCCUCCCUCCCUCAAACCGGGCUGCAAAGCAAUAGAGAGAGAGAGAGAGCGAGAGAGAGCGAGAGAGAGAGAGAGAGAGAGAGAGAGAGAGAGAGAGAGAGAGAGAGAGAGAGAGUCUCUGAGUCCCCACACGAAGGAGGGAGUUGGACUCAGUGUUACGUUGACGCGUGGAAGGAAAGACCUGAUGAAGUGCAAUCAAAAGACGUGAGUCAGCAGGUUUGGCGAUGCGGCCUCCAGAGGACUUGUUGGAUGAAGACCGCAUCCCUCUGCCACGUCCUCUGGAAAAGACAAUAAACAAAGAUAACGCGUCGUUGCUGGUCCCUUUUCAUACUUAAAAAAAACAAAAACAUCAUUGUGUCAAAGAAUAGUUUCCACAUGAAGGGCACAUAUUUUUGUACAUGAGUCAAACAAACAAUGUUGUUGAGCAGCCGGCUGUCAGUGAGGCAGUGAGUUGCCAUGUAUUUGUGUGACUGGACAACAAUAUCAAGGCAACCUGUGACACAUUGUUUUCCUUUUCUUCUGCUUCUUCUUCUUUAAAUUUCAAAAGGAGACCUUUACCAAUGUAUGCACUUGUUCUCCACGUCCCGUAGCCUGAAGUGUAAAUAUUUGAUUUUAACAGAUAUAUUUUGUGUAAAACAAGUUUUAUAAAUAAAGAUGAUUCUAUUUAUAUAAUA